CAGCGACGUGGUUCACGACGUCAAACUUGACGUCAGUGCGCAGCGGCGGCAGGAGGGAGCGGCUCUGGUAGAGCGACAUAGAGCGAGAGCGAGAGAGAGAGAGCAGCGGAGCGGACGGCUGCAUGACUCAGACAGACAGUCAGGAUGCGUGAAUACAAACUGGUUGUUUUAGGAUCAGGAGGAGUUGGAAAGUCGGCUCUGACUGUCCAGUUUGUUCAGGGCAUCUUUGUGGAGAAAUACGACCCGACGAUAGAGGAUUCCUACAGGAAGCAAGUCGAGGUCGAUGGACAGCAAUGCAUGCUGGAGAUCCUGGACACAGCAGGGACAGAGCAGUUCACGGCGAUGAGAGACCUGUACAUGAAGAACGGUCAGGGCUUCGCUCUCGUCUACUCCAUCACAGCUCAGUCAACCUUCAACGACCUUCAGGACCUCCGGGAGCAGAUCCUCAGAGUGAAGGACACCGAGGAUGUUCCCAUGAUCCUCGUGGGGAACAAGUGCGACCUGGAGGUGGAGCGCGUGGUGGCCAAGGAGUCGGGCAUCGGCCUCGCCCGCCAGUGGAACUCCUGCGCCUUCCUGGAGACCUCGGCCAAGAGCAAGAUCAAUGUCAACGAGAUCUUCUAUGACCUCGUGCGACAGAUCAACAGGAAGAGUCCAGUUCAAGGGAAAGCUCGCAAAAAAUCAAACUGUCAACUUCUCUAAUAACAGUUUCCUGCUCACCUGACCGACUACCAACCAACCAACCAACCAACCAAUCACGCAACAUCUUCCAGCUGGCCACGCCCCUCUUUUAACACAACCGUGUCAACAUUAGCCACCUCUGACCUCUGAACAGAGACUGUUGCCUUGGAAACAUUAAAACCAAACAUCUAAAGACUGCAGCUGGCGACAACGAUGAUGAAGAUAAUGAUUCCGCUGUUGCAGGACUGAGGAGGUCGGCCCAAAUUUAAACUACGCUUCCCAUCAUGCUCUCUGCUAGGCCCCUUUGCGCUGGGGGAGUGGCCUCUUGCUUUUAAAUGUUCCUUUUACUUGUUUUCCAGCGGCUCUGGUUGAACCUGUGGAUCCAUUUAGUGAUUAUUAUUAUUACUGUGGUUAUUAUUAUGAAAGUGUGAAAAAAAGAUCGAAAAGUAAUGUCAUGUUUUUAAUUGUUGGGGGGCGGGGUUAGCAGGUGCAGCAGGUCACGCCGUUAGCUCGCCGUGCUAACUUUUCAGUUAUUUAGCCAUUUGGAAAUAUUCACAUAAAAUGCUAACAAUGUGCUGUUUGUUUUACUAGCUUGUUUUUAAAGAAUGUGGACAAAACUCACAACUUUGGGCUAUGUUGUUAGCAUAGCAGCUAGCACUUGUGUAUGAAUACUGUGAGCAAAUGGUUCUGUUUGUGUGGUUGUUAGCAUUAUAAACACAUGCUAACUAUGCUAAAACACAAGCACUAGCAUAUUUACAAAAAAACAUGUUGGCGGUGAGUUAACUUGUUAGCUAGCUGUGGGUUAGCUUGUUAGCUAGCUGUGAGUUAGCUUGUCAAUAAGGAAAAGCUACACAUGUCGUUUGUAAACAGCGAUGAGUUUCAAAAUAAAACAGACGAUAUAAUUUAUAUUAAGUUGUAAACAGAAGCUAACGAAACCACUUUAGUAAAUAAAUUAGCAUAGCAGCCUGCUAACUUGUUAGCGUAGCCGCGCGGUGAGCUGACCCUAGAUCUGCUCAGGGCGGACAUGUUGCCUUCAGACAGCAGACUCACACUGGUGUGUGUGUGCGUGUGUUGUUUCCAUGAUUAUUAACCAUUUUAUUACAUGAAUAUUAAUGUUGCUAACUCCUCUGAGAGGAAAGUGCAGAAUUCUCUACACUUUGUUAUUAUCUCAUCAGUUUGUCAGCAUCUCAUCAGUCAAAGAAGAACUGAAAUCUCAGUGUUUCUAAUUAACGGUAGCGUGGCCGAGGUCCAGUCGGGCUUAAAGCUGAAGCCCCGCCCCCACCCCCCUUCCAAGUUGUGUAUUUGGGGGCGUGGCCUGUGAAGCAGCAGGCACAGAAAAAGCCUUUGAUUAUCCGUCUUUGUUUUAAAUGUGAGUGUGUUGGACUCAGUGACCUCUGAGUACUGCUGUGCACAGUGUUGUACUACCGGGAGUACUGUCGGUACCGGGAGUACUGUCAGUGUUCCGGUUCUCCCGCAGUACGUUCAGUCAUGUAGCAUGUUGAUGUUUCUGUCAGUACUCAGUCGGACCUCCAGGUGGCGCUGCGACAGUUUGCAUGCCGAGCAGGUGGAAGGUGUUAGUGGGUCGUCCUAAAUGAAACGGUUCAGGAAAGCCGGAGCUACGACAACACUUUCAAUGAAUUUAGCUCAAUAACUUCUGGAUGUCCCGCCGGCUCUCAGCCAAUCAAAUCAGCAGCUGGCAAAGUGGCGGCUGCAGGCCGACCUUCAUGACCUUCAUGGCCUCCAAAGUAAUAGAGGCUGUGGUGCAUUUGGCGUUUCGUGCGACUUCUGUGGCUGUAAUGAUUGACAGCUCAGGCCAAACUUUUUUAUUUUAAUUGUGUGUGUGUGUGUGUGUGUGUGUGUGUGUGUGUUUUGGCAGAUCUAGAGGUCUCAGUAUGCUUCAAAAGAAGUUGGUUGUCUCACCAUUUUUAAGAGUAGUACACUUUCAGUCUGUCCUCGAAAACAUUUAAGCUUGUGGAAGAGAAGUUAAAACUUUCUGACAAACUUUAAUGUCUGUCUUCUUUCUUUUUUUUUUUUUAAGUGAUACACAAAUUGUCAGAAGGAGUCCUGAUUGUUCUGUGAGGUUUCAGACGAUGUCAACCAGCACUUGCUUUGCAGCAUACAGAGGCCUUAACUUCUAGAGCUAGGCUAGCAGUUUCCCUCUGCUUCCAUUGUUUGUGCUAAGCUAGGCUAAACGCAUCCUGGACCUUUUCUCUGUACAGAUUAAACUGAUUGUGAUCUUCUCAUCUGAGUUUCCGUAAAACGAACAGAAGUCGCACUGAAGCGACGAGUGCAACCGCAGCCGAACGCAAACCGAUUCAUUUCCAAGAAGGAAUUAUUUUACAUUGCUGAAAUAAAUCUGCUUCUUGUGCUCUGUGUGGCAUGAUGACCAGUGAAAUGUAAAAGGAACCUGUUCAGCCAGUGCAAAGACCAGGUGGCUUUCCCCGUUUCCAUUCUGCUGAAUCGUCUCAGACUUUAAAACUGGUCUGAGGAUUGGUCUGAACUGGUUUCUUCCAGUACAGAAACCCACAGCAGCAGCGGGUGGGGGGGGUGAAGCCAAAUGUAAAGUUAAAACUAAAAAGCCUUAAAUGAAUAAAAGUGGUGCAAUUUUGUAACAGCAA